UUAAGAGGGGAGGACUUGGACACGUGAAAGAUUGGCUUUCACAUCAGGCUUGCUGCCUGCCACACCUUCACGUUGAAGGUGUAAGUGCAGCGUGUGUGCGUGAGGGAGAGAGAGAGAGAGCGGAGAGCCUGCUGCUGUCUCUUUCUAUAAAAGCUUCGGUGCGUAACAGUCUAACAGAGAGAGCGAGAGGGAGAGGGGGACCGCUAGAAAGAGAGAAAGAAGAGAAAGAGAGGGGUUGUUUUCCCCUUGCCCAGACCAGACCCGAGAGAACGAGAUUGAGAGAGAGGGCCGGAGUUAGAGAGAGAGAGAGAGAGAUGAGCGUGAGUUAGAGAGAGAGACCCGAGAGUUGAGAGAGCUGAGAUUGGGGGAAGAGAGGGGCGUACCGUGGUGGCUGGGUCACCGGCGACGUGCAGCAGUGGCUCUUCCGGCGACGUGGCAGCAAACCCGCAACCCAGAAUCGUCACGUUAGAAUGCUUCCAGAAAACGGUAGUUGUUUAUGGCAUGGAUGAAGACGACAGUCGUUUUAGGCUUUUAAGUUGAAUAGUCGCCGUACGCACCAAAAGAUUAUAUUUUUAAAGCAGGUCAGGACAUUAAUCCUGAGGCAGCCUUGGAAAGAAAAUGACGCUCCAGCUCCUUCAUGCCACUCCACCCUCUCUAAGCUCACCCAAUUCGCACAUUUCACCAGUGCAUGGCCUCGAGGCAUGCUCAACUAUGGCUGACCUCAAGCAAUAUCACUCCCAGCUCAUCCGGCUUGGCCUCUCAGCCGACAACGAUGCCAUGGGCCGAAUCAUCAAGUUCUGUGCGAUAUCCAGAAAUGGUGAUAUGGGUUAUGCUCUCCAGGUCUUCGAUACAAUUCCCCACCCAGAUGCAUUCAUUUUCAACACCAUAAUGAGAGGUUACUUGCAAUGCCAAUGCCCCAAAAAUUGCAUUCUCUUGUACUCGCGGAUGUUGCAAGAAUCUGUUGCACCCAAUAGAUAUACCUUCCCUUCUGUUAUAAGAGCUUGUAGCGACGAUAAUGCUAUUGAAGAAGGGAAACAAGUCCAUGCCCAUGUUGUGAAAUUCGGGUUUGAAGCGGAUGGGUUUUCUCAGAACAAUUUGAUUUAUAUGUAUGUGAAUUUUCAGUCCUUGGACAAAGCAAGGAGGGUCUUUGAUAAGAUGCUUGUGCGGGAUGUUGUGUCGUGGACCAGUUUGAUUACUGGGUACUCGCAGUGGGGAUUUGUUGAUGAGGCUUUUGAAGUUUUUGAGCUGAUGCCAGAGAGGAAUUCUGUUUCUUGGAAUGCCAUGAUUGCGGCAUAUGUCCAGAGCAAUCGUUUUCAUGAGGCGUUUGCUUUGUUUAAUAGGAUGUGUGGGGAAAAGGUUGUGUUGGAUAAGUUUGUGGCGGCUAGUAUGUUAUCUGCUUGUACAGGGUUAGGAGCUUUAGAGCAAGGGAAGUGGAUACAUGGGUAUAUCGAGAAGAGUGGGAUUGAAUUGGACUCAAAGCUAGCAACAACUAUUAUCGACAUGUAUUGUAAAUGUGGUUGCUUGGAGAAGGCUUUUGAAGUCUUUAAUGGGUUGCUCCAUAAAGGGACAUCGUCAUGGAAUUGCAUGAUUGGGGGUCUAGCAACACAUGGUAAAGGAGAGGCUGCCAUUCAGCUCUUUAAGGAGAUGGAGAAGGUGAUGGUAGCUCCUGAUAACAUAACUUUUGUAAAUCUCCUCAGUGCCUGUGCUCAUUCAGGGUUAGUGGAGGAGGGACGCCAUUACUUCCACCGCAUGGUUGAAGUUCAUGGCAUUGAGCCCAGAAUAGAACAUUUUGGAUGCAUGGUUGAUCUGCUUGGAAGAGCUGGAAUGCUGGAGGAAGCAAGAAAGUUUAUUGAUGAGAUGCCCGUGAGCCCCGAUGCAGGUGUAUUGGGUGCUCUUCUUGGAGCUUGUAAAAUCCAUGGAAACAUCGAGUUGGGAGAGCAAAUAGGGAGGAGAGUAAUUGAACUAGAGCCUAACAACAGUGGGCGCUAUGUGUUAUUAGCUAAUUUAUAUGCCAAGGCUGGCAGAUGGGAAGAUGUGGCUAAUGUGAGGAAACUAAUGAAUGACAGGGGAGUGAAGAAGGCUCCUGGUUUUUCCAUGAUUGAAUUGGAGGGUGUCCUCAAUGAAUUCAUUGCGGGUGGAAGGGCUCAUCCCCAUGCUGCAGAGAUUUAUGCCAAAGUUGAUGAGAUGUUAGAACGCAUAAAAUCUAUUGGCUAUGUACCUGACAGUGAUGGAGUACUGCAUUAUGAUCUGGAUGAGGAGGAGGAGCAAAAGGAGAACUCCUUGUUCUACCACAGUGAAAAACUAGCAAUUGCCUUUGGCCUGUUGAAAGCCAAACCAGGACAAACUCUUCGGAUCUCAAAGAACAUGCGAGUCUGUAAAGAUUGUCACCAUGCAACUAAGCUCAUCUCAAAGGCUUAUGAUUGUGAAAUCAUUGUCAGGGACAGAAAUCGCUUCCACCAUUUCAGAAUGGGAGAGUGUUCUUGUAAAGAUUACUGGUGACCAUUGUGUCAAUAUGAUCAAUUAAUUAUAUAUAACUGAACACAAAUCAUGUUGGAAUGUUGUUCCAUUUCUCAUACCAAACAUCACGACAUGGCACUUCCUUUUGGAUCCGGAUUUCCGGAUUACUAGUAAUUCGGAAAGUAAAUGUAAAAAAACCUUUAUGGGUUCGCACGCCUUAACAAGUUGGCGGACUGUUUGAGACUGGAUCGGACAAAUAGGUCAUAUGGCAAAUGGGCCCAUACAUUUUUUCU